CUGCGCUCUUCUCCUCUAUCAGAGCGCGAGCUGCAUCUAUAGUCCUGUCUCUCUGAGAUCAUUAUCAGUCACGGCAACGGGUCGCAACACACACGGAUCUAGAGCGAGCGAACAGAACACCUUCUAAUUUCGACCCACCGCCAACCGGGGAGGGGAAACGAUCGAAAACACCAGUCUUCUGCUCAACAACACGUCUACCAUUUUUACGCAUGUAACCACGAUCUCUCCAGUGACGUUACCGUUGGAUGUGGGGUUGGAGGCUACUCGGAUACAAUCUGCUAGUUUAUUUUCACUGCAGUAAAACGGUUUGCUCCGAUCCUCCCCCCGAGUCACGGAUUUGAGAGGGAAGCAGCACUAUGCUGCUGGCCGACUGACCAGCCACUGAUACGGCGAGGGGAUCUCUGCAGUGGACCUGUGAAUGUGCGUAGUUUACCCGCAUGCAAAGUUUAGCCUAUUAGCAUCACGCGCUAUAUUUCACAGAAAAAGGAAAUCUUCUAUUUUUGUGAACAUGUUCAUUUGAUUAUUAGAUCGGCUAUAAUUAUUUUUUGGGUGGCUGUUUUCAGCGCACUGUUGUGUUGACGCCAUUUUCCUCGGGUUUUUCUAUAAAAAUAUUCUUGCACCAUUUGACAGCUAUCCAGGACGCUGUCAGUGCAUACGGCAGGUUCUGUACAUGUGACUACAUGGAUUUUAAAUGAUCUUGAUAACAUAUUUACACGAUAGACUCGAGUGUUCGAAAACAUUGGACAUGGUUUGGCCUUGUUGGAUUACAUGUGUUCCUGUGGGAGAACCAAUCCAGAAGCAGUAGCUAACGUUCCUAAGGCAACCCACUCUGACGGACAGCCACUCUCUGCAAACCUAUUGGCUAGCUGCCGCUGCUCUCUGGAUCCUGACUGGUUCUGGCGGGAGCGUGGAUGGAGUCUAGGGAUCUGGUUAGCUCAGCCCGACCUAAGGAGGUGGAAUUAGGAGGUGGAAGGGCUGAGCCUGAAGAGCAAGAAGAGGAAAGGGCGGGUCUGGGGCCUGCGUUGCGGGGUGAUGAGGUCAUUGGUGAUGUGAUGGGUGAGCGCUGGGGGUCCCAGGGGGAAGGGGAGGGGCUAGAGGAGCAGGAGUUCUCCAUUAAAGAAGCCAGCUUCCAGGAGGGGAGUCUGAAGCUGAAGAUCCAGACCACCAAACGCACCAAGAAGCCCCCCAAGAGUCUAGAGAACUACAUCUGUCCCCCGGAGAUCCGGAUGACCAUCAGGCCCCCCUCAGGGGAGGGCCGAGGGGGCCGGCUAGGGGGCCGUGCAGCACAGGACAAGGGACCCCCUAGGAAGAGGACCUAUGAGAGACCCUUCAGAGCAGCAGAACCUAAAGAGGGGGGGCUACUGCAACUACUUGGGGAUGUCACCCCCCCGAAACACCAGUCCAAGCCCUCUAUCCUGCACACCACACCACUGCCCCCACACACACUCACACACCAACCCCAACAGCAACACACAAAGCCACCACAACUCACUCACCAACAUACACACAGUCCAGCCUGGGCCACACCUCCCUCCGCAUCCCCAGCCAAUCCAGGCCAUACUGAGUCUAGCAGAGAACCAGCAGGAGCCAAUAGGAGCCCUCUCUCUGAUCUGGCCCCUUCCUUCCUCAAACCUCCAAUGAAGAGAGUCCCAGGAAGCCCCUCUCCUCGCUCUUUCAGCCCCUCUCCCCAACGACCCCUGAGCCCUGAUCCCGUGUUGCCUGUAGUAACGGACGCCAGCAUUCUGAACCUGACCUCUCUCUCCAGAGGACGGGGCUUACAGGAGGUCAGUGAGCAGCUAUUUGGAAACAUCAAGAGGAAGUAUGGCAGGAAGGACCCCCAGAGGACUCUGGGUAAUACCCACAAUGCUGAGUUGCCAUGGGGGAGGAUGGCAGAGAAAGAUGCGGAGAGUCUGAUAGUUCUGGAUGAAAGGCAGAAGUACAGGAGGGAGGAGACCCCUGAGCUGGAGAGAGAAGAGAGGGAGAGCAUAGGGAGGACAAGAAAGGAGGAGGAGAGGGAGAUGCCAACGCUUGGUGCUCCUAAACUGAUGGAGGAGGGAAUAGGGAGGAAAAGGAGGAGGAGGCGGUGUCUCCAGGAGUCACUCACCCAGGAAGACCAAUCAGAACAGCUGCAGGGCACUGACAUCACAGAGAGGAGCAAAUCAGGGCCUCCAGAGCCCAAAGUGGCCCACAAGAUGGAAGGCAACAAGAUGGAGUCUCAUAAAAGAGAGUCCCACAAGAUGGACUCCCACAAGAGUGAAUCUCGGUCAGGACGGGGUGAGGAGGGUGGCCAGCUUGAGGCAGACGGGGACAGAGGAGAGAGAGGGGAGAAAGGUGAAAGAGCAGAUAAGGGAGAGAGAACAGAAAUAGGAGAGCGAACAGAGAUAGGUGAGAGAGCGGAGAAAGGAGUGAGGGUGAUGAGUGGGGCCAACAUGGAAUCAGCCAUGAUCCAGAGCUGGGUGAGGAAGAACCCAGUUGGCCAUCCUAGAUCAGCCACAGAUCCCCACAAACACCCUGAUCCUAACCCUAGCCCCAGACUGCCUAGCCCUAACCCCAACCAUAUCCCUAGUUCAAGAUCCACUCUCAACCCUAACUCUAGACCGCCCAACCUAAGCCCCAUAUUUAACCCUAACCCCAACACUAGCCUAAAACCCAGCCCUAACCCCAGCCCCAGCCUCCCCAAGACCAAGGACCGGUGGUCCUACCUGAAGUCCCGAAGCCCCCCCAACCUAGUCCAGAGGGAGAGUGGCCGCAACCCCCUGUCAACUAUGUGUGAGCCCCCCUCUGCCUUCCCCAUCACCCCCUCCAGCCCCCUGUACACCAACACAGACAGUCUGACUGUCCACACCCCCGCCAAGCGCAAACGAGGUCGUCCCAAAAAACAACCCCUGCUCACUGUGGAAACCAUCCAUGAGGGCACCUCCACCUCCCCCCUGAGCCCUCUGGCCCGGGACAGCCCUGCUGGGCUCAGCCGUAGGAGAAAGACCACGCUAUCCCAAAUCGCAUCUGGUUCCACUAGCCCCAAUGCUAAUGAGUUGAAACUGAAGCGCGGUGAGGGUGCCCAUGUCAGGCCGGUGAAGAGGCUGAAGCUGGGGAAGGUACAGAGCAUCCUGAAUGAGAUCCUAUCAUGCUCCAGCCAACAUGGCAGCCUGGCGCUGAAGUCCGCCUCGGCUCCGAUCUCUUCCGCCAUGACGGUCAUGGCCUCUACCAUUGAGGCUCGUCUGGGGAAGCAGAUCAACGUCAGUAAAAGAGGAACCAUCUAUAUCGGGAAGAAGAGGGGGAGGAAGCCGCGCUCUGACACCCAAACCCUUCCCCCCAGAGGUGGGGGGGCCAAGCCCCCUGUGCCUGCCUCCAUGUCCAGCCUGUACAACAGACUCCUAGUGCCUUCCUCCCCCCCUCUCAGCUCCAGUACCCUCCUCCUCAGACCCCACACCCUGUCCUCUCUGUGCCACCCCGGCGCUCACGGCCCCCACUCUGACGCCACCAUGCCCAGCCUGCAGCCCAUCAGUGCCCUGCCCUCUAAACCCCCAGGCAGGGGGCUACUGGGGGCCGGCUGGAAGCUCUCUCCCCCGCGCCUUCUAGCCAACUCUCCGUCCCACCUAUCUGAGGGGGCGGCGUCCAUCAAGGAGGUGACGCUGUCACCCAUCAGCGAAUCACACAGCGAGGAGACUAUUCCCAGCGACAGCGGCAUAGGGACGGACAACAACAGCACCUCUGACCAGACAGAGAAGGGAACCAACGCACGACGCAGGUACUCGUUUGACCUGUGUGGGUUUGAGGCUGCGGAGUCUGCCGUUCUGGAGGCCUCCAGUCGCGGCAGUAGGGGUCGCUGUGAGCAGCCGGCAGUGGUGGACAACUUCCUGUCCCAGCAGGAGAAGAAGCAGAAACACCGCAGGAAGAGGAAGUGCCUGCAGAGCAGAGACCACCUGAACUUCCUGUCUGAGCUAGAAGAGGUGGUGGUAAAGCUGCAGCAGCUACAUGUGUCUCACCGACGCUACGCCUCCUGCUACCCCCAGCACCCCUACCCCUCCAUCUUCCGCCUCAACUUCCACCAUCACUACUACCCCUUGACCUAUGACCCCUACCCCUGUGAUCCCGCCCCGUACCUUCGCAGGACCGCCGAGCUCAAGGCCAAGAGGAGGCGCGGCCGGCCCGCCAAAACCAGCGAGCCAAUCACAUCCAAGCUGCCUUUUGUCCAGGGGUUUGGGUAUCCGCUGGCGGGGGGGAACUACUAUGCACCAUAUGCCAUGCCUUAUGCCCCGCCUCUGAGCCUGGGCUACUACGCCACAUCACCCUACCUUCCCCACGGUCCUUCACCACCCUCCCCCUUCAUGAGGCCUGCCGUCCCCCCUCCGAAGUUCCACUCUGGGGGCCACUCCAAGCUCCAGGCAUCUAGCGGCCCACUGCAGGGCUCCUCUGGUCGGGGAGAAGGACUGGGAUCACUGGGUGGUGGAGGUCUUGGAGGGGUGAGGCUCCACAAGAGGAAACACAAGCACAAACACAAACAUAAGGAAGAGACCAACCUCCUCUCACCCCAUGACAGACAGGAGCUGGGCGGGCUCUUCAGCGGUGCCAAGACCAAUGGGCUGCUCAACCUGCUGACUGACAGGUGGGAGAUGACCAACCAGAAGCGUCAUGAGAAGCAGAGGGGGGGUGGGAGAGGCUCUAGAGGGGGAUCCAGGGGAGCGAUGUUUGAGUCGAACCCUCUCUCUUCUCUCUCUAUGGACCAUGUCCAGUUCCGCCAACGCACACCCGGAGAGCCAGUGAGCAGCUUCGUGAGCAACUACAGCAGCCAAUCACUGCGGCCAGAUUUGACCUCUGACCUUUUCAGAUUGCGGGAGGAGAAGGAGGAGGGCAGUGGGCAUGGCAGAAGGAGGGGCUUAGCAGUGUUCGGAGAGGAAGGGGUGAUGUCGUUCCACAAUGCCAGGAAAGAGAAGAUCCAUGAAAGAGAAAAGUCCUUCCACAGUUCCAGCCCCACUCUAACAGGUGUUCCAGGUAAGAGGAGGUAUAAGCGUCAUGAGGUGGAACAGAUCCACGGUGAGGUCAGGAGGAUGUGUUCUCUCAACACUCAGAGGAGCUUUGAGCACGUGCAGAAGAUCCUGCGUGUGAAGCGUCUCCAGCGCCAGGCCAAGACCGGCAACAACGUUGUCAAAAGGCGACCUGGUCGCCCCCGGAAACACCCCAUUGAUGAAUUUGAACCCAACAAUUACGGGAGCGACAUAGGGAGGGGCUUCGGGAUGCCGGUGCUGGAAAGGUGUGUGGACCUACCGGGCAAGCGGAGCUUAAGACCAAGUCCCGCCCCCCAGCCUCUGGAGUUUUCCAAUCACGACUCAAUCUCAGUGGCUAUUGAGACGGUAGUUCACAGAGCACGUUCUCUGGCGCCCCCACCGACCAGAGGAGGGAAACGCAGGGGUAGACCCAGGAAGGAAGAGGGAGGGGAUAUGGCGUUUCAUUAGCUAAUCAGACAGCAGGACAGUUGCAGAUACAGAUGAGCUCUGACCUAUCAGAGAGCUGGUAAGAGGAGCUAACACUGGCCUUAGCAGCCAAAACAGACGUCAAUUCUGGGACCUCUGUGCACUUUGACCUAUUGGCCUGUCUGUUUCUCUUCUAUGAUUGGAUGUAAGGAGUGUGACUGCAGUAGGUCUCUGGAGUAACAUUAGAAGAGCAACAGUGUUGCACUCUGAACGAGUGUUCCUUCUGAAGGCGGACAAUGACACUUACCAUACAUGUAUGUGAAACAAUGAUGCGUAUGGUACUUUAAUAUGAUACUGUAUGGUACUUUAUGGUACAAUAUCUGAUACUAUAUGGCACUAUUUGAUAAGGUACUGUAUGAUACUAUGGUACUAUACGGUAUGAAAUACAAUGGUACUUUAUGAUAGUCUUUAUCUGAAUGUGGCAUUAGCUACACCUUUACCAGCAGACGGGGGGUGGUGAUUGGUUAAUAUGAUAUUGUGCAGCUCUGCUUAGUUUUGCCCCCCCUGCCGCAGAGAUACUAUAAAGGCAAUAUGCUGUACUGAGCCUCCCUGGCCUUUACAGCUAUGAUCUAACUGUACAUAGGAACAUACUCCACUUUUACCCGCCUUUUACCCCGCAGAAUACAGUCCAUUUACAUGUACUGGAACAUAUCAAACUGAAAUGUUGUACCAUAGGCCAUAAAUGUUGGGAUUGUGGUUUUAUAACCAAAAAUAGACCUGGAUGUGACUCAAGACAUGUUUGUUUUCAGACUGAAGGAACCACAUCUAUUCAUUCAUUUAUUCUGUGUAUAUAAGAAGGUCAUCACAUACAUGGGAAUAUCAGGGGUGUUUUGUGAAACCUUAAAGGUCAACUUUGGGCAAAAACGCAAAGAUAACAGCUUUUAACUGUAUAACUGAUCAAUGCUCCAUCAUACCAGGUCAUUUAAUGCAACAACAAAAAAUAUAUAGAUAAGAUAUUUGGCUAAAGAAGUGCCAUUUCCUACCGAUCUCUACAGCUUCUGUCCAAAAACAAAUCCUGUGAAAUGACUUCUACACAUGGAGGAGAUACUGGCUAGCUACAGUGGCUAGCUUAGCUAACAAACUAGCUACGUUGGUCGCAGCGUAAGAACAGAAUGACAACCAAACCACCAGAUGAACAACCAAACCACCAACACCCCAUUUCUGUUUGAAAAUUGAGAAAGAGGCAGGGUUGGACCAUUUUUUUUGCCCAAUGUCGACCUUUAAAGUUGGUUUUAAUUUGCUAUAUAAACAUUCACUUACAUUUAAUCAAGUCAGCACUUACAUGCUUGUUCUAGCCUUACAAUUUGGCCUUGACUUCAUUGGUGGACAUCCAUUCAGAAACGUCCAUUAAUUUAAACUAUUUGAAUAUGCAGGAUGCUCAGCCAAUGGCGUCAAACCUAAGCCCAAGCCUGAGAUUUGAUUGGACAGUGAAGAUGGAGGAGGACUAAUGAUCAGUGUGUGGUACUCUGAUGGUUUCUAUCUGAGUAGUGGUAGGAAAACAACAUGAGUAGUGUUAGAAAAACAACAAUUCAUUAUUGGAAUAGGGAACCAAAGCCUCAGAGUUAUAUGUGUUUCACAGACUUGUCAGACAGCUGUGGAGUUGUCAGUGUUCUCAUUCUGCAGCUAAACACACAGGACAUUAGAUGCUAGCUAGCUAGAAUGUUUUCAAUAUUUCAUAAAAUAGCAGUAGGUACGUAUUUCAUUGGGACCUAUGUGUACUGUAAACUUGGGAAGCCUCUCCUCUCUCUGUGAGGGUCUUGUCAGCUCCAGCACUUCUGCACGUGCCUUAUGUUUGUUUCUUAAACCAUCACAUCUCAUUCUGUGGGAAUUCAAAAUGGCAGAGAAGUCACUGAGAUUGAAACCAAGUACUAAUGAUUGUGCAUUUUCGACACGUGUGUCUUAGCCACCACAACACGGACACUACCUAUGUCCCUUUGCAGCCAUACGUACAAAUGGCCUGAUUCCAUUUCAGGUUCCACGCCCCUUAUGCUCACCCUUGGCUCUUUGGAUUGAACAGAUAAAAGAGCUCUGUUAUGCACUCUAUUAGAGAGAAAGGUGGAUCCAUCACCAUGCAGUCUUUUCAUAUCUGAGCUGUGAGGAGCAGAGGUGGUAGGAGCCAGGGAAAGUGGACUUCAAUCUAAAUGGAACCAGGCCCCCCGGGCUGUGGGCGUGCAGGCUGUGCCAGGGAAGUUCUGGUGGGAACCAUGCUGUCUUACGUAGUUGUUUGCUAUGCAUCAGGUCUGGCCUGAGCUGUCUGAGGAGUCCACCCUUCCACAUAGACAAAUAAGUGUCUUAUUUACCCAAUAAAACAUGCAGUCAUGUAUCCAGAAGUGUGAAUAAUAUCAGUAAUAAUUUGUAAAGCGUUGUGCAGAAAGUGACUAUCAUUUCAUGUCAACUUUAGUGACUGCAGCUCCCUGCAGUGCUGCCUUAAUCAGAAGUCAAGCUCCAGUAGUGAAGUGUUUAUCUGUUGUAAAUAGUCUGUUCUGUUGUGUUCUGCCUGCAUGGAUACAAACUGGCCCCAGCUACAUAUGCUGGCAUAUCCCCUCAGACCAACCUAAGCCCAUCCUAGAAGACAGACCCAUCUUAGUCAACAUUAGACAUUAGAACCAGCAAUACCCCUUUAGUCAGUCUCUAUCCAUCAAUUAGAAUUUUCAUCAAACAGUCAUAGCAAGGUUAAGAUCCCAGGACCUGUGCCAGCCUAUGAUAAUGACUCUUGUUGCACUUCAGCCAAGACCAAGAACCCCCAUUGGCUAGCAGCUAUACUCCCCUCAGCCAAUGGGUGCCUAGUGCAGAAGUGUGUGUGUGCGUGUGUGUGUGUGUGCACAGAGGGCAUUACCAAACCACGUACUCAGACCACGUGCUCAGAGGGCAUUACCAAACCACGUACUCAGACCACGUGCUCAGAGGGCAUUACCAAAUAUACACCUGUUCUUGUCAGUGUGUGUGUCAGUUCUAGGCCACUUAGAGAGAGCAGAGACUGAACUGGAUCUCAUAACCUUUCACAGGAGGCCUACACCUUUCACAGGAGGCCUACACCUUUCACAGGAGGCCUGGAUCUCUCUAACCGGGUCUAGGGUCUGGGUGUCUGAGUGUGGUCUAGUGGUAGUCUAGGUUUGGUCUAAGGGGUCUAGAUGUGGUAUAGUUGCGGUCUAAGGGGUCUAAAGACUUCAAGCUUGGCAGCUCAGUAUUCCAUGGUUGGUCUCUGAUGUUGGAGUUAAGCCACUGGGAUCUGUCUGUUUCUCUACCAGCCGAUGUUCCGGUGCCUUCUACAGCUGACUAGUAUUGUCCUGAUCCUCUGCUUAACUACACACAGAGACCGACCGCAUGGUCCAGUACGGUCAAGUUGGGUUUUACAGUCCCUGUUGUGUACUGGAUUCUGUAUUCACUCUGGUCCAACUGUAUGGCUGGUAUGACUACAAGUAGAAGUUGCCCUUAACCACAGAUCCAGGAUCAGAUCACCCAACCCUAAAUCAUAACUUUCAUUAUCAGGGGGAUGAAAGAACAUCUGGUCCUGGAUCAGUGGUUAGGGAAGAGUUCUACCCCUUCACACUCAGACCAGUCUGACUAGUCCAAUACAGCCACUGGAGCUGAAUCAUACUGCAUGCGUCUCAAAUCACUCCCUACACCCUAAGUAGUGUACUACUACAGAAGACUAUAUGGAAAAUAUGGAGUUAUGUGAGAAGCAGCCACGGUCUCUACUAAUAUGUGUAGUCAUUAACAUAUAUGUUAUGUUUCUACGCUAAAAUGUUGUUCAAAGCUGAACAUGCAGAUGAAGCGUCGAUGAGGAAACCAAUAAAUGUACUUUGCAAGAGCACAAAGUGAGCUCUUAACUGUGUUGGCAUAUUUGAGUUUGUAUACAUAGUGUAUGUGAACCUUUUUACUAGAGUGGCUUUUCUUUUAUUUGCAUGCUCCACUUGAUUGUAUUCAUCAAUAUUUUAGACAAGCGGAGAAGUUGAAUUUCAAUUGAAUUUGGAGCAAGACUUGUACAUUGUUUGAUAUGUUUCUUUUUGUAAUGGAUUUUUAAUUCAUAAAGCAUUUUUGUACAUUGUAUGAAUAUAAAAAAUUGCAAAUAUUUGACAUAUAGAAAUAAGUAAAUACUUAGAUGGGCAUGCAUAUGCAUAUAUCCUUCUUAGUAUGUAUGUGUAAAUGUACACAUAUUUUGUAUUUGCCUUUGCUCAUAUACAGAUAUAUGUCAUAUGCAUACAUGCCAUGUAUAUGUAUAUCCAUGUCUGCUGGCAUGCUUCUGGUCAUGUUUACCUAUCAUGAUCUUGUAGUCUAUUUUUUUGAUUUCUUUUCUCUGAGGAAAAGCUUGUUCUUUUGCUACCGUUUUCCUGGCUGGCAGCAUUGGGCACUUAUUAAGAUGAAAUACAGUUGAACUUGUUCAUGUCAUUCAUUGUGUGAAAUAAUAAAUGAAUUUAUUGAAAGCU